GAAAUAAGCGCUGAAUCGAGCUUUAUUAAGAUCUAAUGCUUCUUCGUAGCCGUUUGAUUCUGCUGAAACCGCAGCCGUCGAAAAACCUGAGAUUCUCCGCCGUCCGACUCUGCUCCGGUUCGGCCGAACCGUCGUCGGAGAAAAUGGAGAAAAGCCAAGAACAGCAAAAGCCGGCGCCCACAAACGGGAAUACAAUGUCGGAUUCAUUUGGGCAUGAAUAUGCGACUCGUUCGGAAGAAGAAGGCUUUGGAGGUAUUUAUGGGUCUAAUCAAUCUUUGAAGAAGAAUGGAGAGGACGAAAGCAAUCCUUACAGCGCAGAAAAAGAUGACGGCCAGGGAAGGGGAAGUGGGAAAGGGGAGAAAGCUAGAAAUGAUGGAGAUAACACAGCCGAUUAGCUCCUUCAUGUGUAAUUCUUCUUCUUUUUUGUAGUAGUUUUAUUGUGUUGAGAUAUGUGGAGAGGAGCUCCUUCAUUGCAGACUCCUACUGCGGUGUUGUUUUGUGUGUUAAGUUUGAAGGCUUCAUUCUGUAGUUCAUAAGCAGAUUCGAGUUACAGAACUGAGAGUGAUAGUUUAUUUGUGUUCUUAAGUUGACUCUUUUUAGGGUCUGAGAUGAGUUGGUGAAAUAAAUGGAUAGUU